GCAUUGGGAUAUACCAUUGCACUGGCUGUGGAGGGGGGGAUGAGAUCUGUUGUUUUUGGGAGUGCGAUUGUUUCUCUGCCCUGUAACACCGGAAGAUGUUCUAUUAGGCGGGAGUGGGUGGUAAGGAGUAUAUGGGAGGCUGAGCUGUGUCUCUGGGGGGCAGAUUUAGUGAGGGGGGAUAUAUGGGGCUUUCCCUGUGGCAGAUGGAAGGGCUGGAGUAGAGGCUGCAGGGCUCAGUGUGCUGGGAGUGGAGGAGGAUGUCUGCUGAUCUUCGGAAGAGAAAAAAAGAUGCCACCGCCAGCAAUGAUGCCCCACAGGAAACUAAGGAUGAAGAAGAAAACAAGAAAGAAAAGCCCAGCUCCCGCCCAUAUAAAUUCCUAUGGAAAUUGCUCCUCUGGCUGCUGCUAAUUGCCCUGAUGUUUGCGAUUAAGAUUUAUAGAGAUAAUGAGCUGGUGAGACAGCAGGAGGCAGCAUUGAGGACUUUAGGGGCAGAGGGCCUCUUCCUUUUCUCCUCGCUGGACACAGACAAGGACCUGUUCAUCAGCGCUGAAGAGUUUAAGCCCAUCGCUGAGAAGCUCACAGGGAUUUCCACCACCUCCGACUAUGAAGAGGAGGAGCUUCUCGAUCCGAAUGGAGAGACGUUCUCUGUGGUUUCACGUUUCCAGCCUCUGGUCAUGGAGACCAUGACAAAGAGCAAAGAAGGGUUCUUGGGUAUCACGCACAAUGCUCUCUCUGGACUUCGGAACUGGACAACAGCCAUGUUGCCUGAAAAUGUGUUUUAUGCUGGACAAUUCAAGGCCUUCCUCCCACCGAAGAACAAGUUAGAAGUGGGCAAUCCUUGGUGGAUUAUUCCUAGCGAGUUAAGCAUAUUUACAGGGUACCUACCUAAUAACAGAAUUUAUCCCCCGCCUCCCAAAGGAAAGGAGGUUAUUAUCCAUAAACUUUUGUCCAUGUUUCAUCCACGUCCUUUUAUAAAAACAAGGUUUGCCCCUCAAGGCUCUGUAGCGUGUAUUCGAGCCAUCAGCGAUUUUUACUAUGAUAUCGUUUUCCGGAUUCAUGCAGAGUUUCAGCUUAACGAACCUCCAAAUUUUCCUUUUUGGUUCUCCCCUGGUCAGUUCACUGGCAAUGUUAUCAUCUCUAAAGAUGCCGCUCACGUCAGACACUUUAAACUUUUUGUCCCUAACAACCGGACACUGAAUGUCGACAUGGAGUGGUUGUAUGGAGCCAGCGAGAGCAGCAAUAUGGAGGUUGACAUCGGUUACCUGCCACAGAUGGAAAUAGAAUCUUUAGGACCCUCCGUCCCAUCUGUGAUCUAUGAUGAGAAUGGUAAUGUCAUGGAGAGCCGGAAUGCAGAUGGAGAAGCUAUAGAAUUUGUGUUCGAAGAUAUAGCCUGGCAGUCAGAGAUAACCUUUGAAGAAGCUGCCAAAAAACUUGAGGUCACCAUGUACCCAUUUAAAAAAGUUUCUUACUACCCCUUCCCAGAAGCUUUUGACCGUGCUUUAGCAGAAAAGAAACUUGUGCACUCAGUUUUGCUCUGGGGUGCACUGGACGAUCAGUCUUGCUGAGGUUCGGGGCGAACUCUCCGGGAGACUGUCCUAGAGAGUUUGCCCGUCCUUGCUUUGCUGAACCAGAGCUUCGUUAGCACUUGGUCAUUAGUGAAGGAGCUUGAGGAGCUACAAAACACUAAAGGCUCAUACGCCACAUUUGCUUCUCUCCAUUUGGAGAAGUAUAACUUUCCAGUGGAGAUGAUGAUUUGCCUUCCCAAUGGAACCAUUGUUCAUCAUAUAAAUGCUAAUUAUUUCCUGGACAUUACAUCUCUGAAGCCAGAUGAGGUGGAGAGCAACAUGUUUAGCUUCUCCGAUGGAGUGGAGGAUUUGUCCACCGCCACUUACAUAAAGUUCCUAAAGGAAGGGAUAGAGAAGGCAGAACCCUUCUUGCAGCCUUAGAUGAUGGCACAUUAGUUACAAGCCCAAUUGUUUUCAAGGUAUUGAUGAGCUGUAUUUUGUAUAGGGUGUUCAUUUUCUGUAGGACACUUUUUGGAGACACUAUGCAUUAGCUAUGUUACAUGAUGUUCCAUCAUAAUACGUACGUGACUAAAAAAAUCUUCAAUAAUGUGAAACAAAGCCCCAGAAAAAUAUUUGCAAAGGGGCAGUGGCCCCCAACUAGUGGCUCACGAGCAACAUAUUGCUCACCAACCGCUUGGAUGUUCCUCCCAGAGGCCUCAUGCUUGUGUUGCACCCCAACUCCUUUUUUACAUUUAAAUGUGGCUCUUGGGUUAAAAAAGGUUGUGGACCCCUGGCUUAGAGCAUAGAUCUAAUAUACUUCUAUGAGAGGGAAGGCCAUGCAACCCCUGUUGCUUUAAAAUAAUGCUAUAUAUGAAAACUCCUGCACAUAUCAUGAGGCACUGGUUGCCCUCAGUGGCCAUAAGGAUGUCACAGGAAAAACCUUACUAAUUAAAGUCUAGAUAUCCCCACUGGCACUAGCAAAGACUUCAUUCUAUGGAAGGCUUGGUCUCCUAGUUGGUUCUGCCUUGUAACUAAGGCACUAUGGUUUGCAAAUAUUUUGAGGUUUUGUUCCACUUUGAAUGGAAAUCAAUUUAGUUAUUAUAUGUUCAACUACUAUAUGGAUGGUUUGCUUCCAUAGCCUGAGAAGUUUGUGGCCACAGGACUCUAUAGUCUGGACCAGCUAUAGUUCCCUUAGGGAAGCAUCAUUACACAAGGCUGGGUUAGGCAAAUGUUACACCUGGUAGUGCCAAUACUGCUUGACUCUGCCCCAUGUCUCUCAGCAGUGGGGAAGCAGAGUAGAAGGUUGGAUAGUUAGAAGAAGAUUGAUGGUCUAUAGCUGAAUUUAUGAUGAGCCAGUAAGGCAGCCUUACAUUGGCCAAUCUGGUAUGUUCUUCGUCUGAUUUGGCCAAAUGGAAGGAGAGCAUAUGAGGGUCAACACAUGGUAUAGGCUUGGCUCUGUCCCAUGUCUCUCAACAGUGGAGAAGCAGAAUAAAGAAUUUGAUAGCUAGGAGAAGGUAGAUGGUCCAUAGCUGAACUUUUGAUGAUCCCUACAAUGGCCGGACAGCUUCUUCUGUCCAAUUUCCAGACUAUUGGUCAGAAUCACUGGGCCACCAUACAUGUGCAGAUGAUCUCCUGAAAACAUACUGUGCAUGUAUGGUCACCUUUAGUAUCUGUCCACUCUGCUUAUCCUUGUCCCUGGUAGAAGUAAAACAUUAUAUUUUUGAAAGCUUCACGUUAACAGGCAGUAUUACAGCUCUUUUUGUAUUUGUAUUCUAUAUAUUUUUGUACUGAGGCAGGCGGGGUGGGUACUUGCUCUGUCCCGGGGCACCCUGUACAACAUGACGGUCUAAUCUUAAAGUGUAAAUGGGUCAGACCUGAAUUUUUUUGACAGUCGUGCAUUUGAGAUGGUACAAUAUCCCCGCCUCCUGCUUUUAUUUAUGUUUGUUUAGUGUUUAACAAUGGAUUUGAGCCACACUUAGCCUUGAUGCUACGUUACAGUAGUAAUGUUCUUCUUCUUGGGGACAUUACACCAUGUGGGUUUAUAGAACCAGUAAGCAAAGAACUUAAUAUUGUUUUAAUUUUUGUUUACCCUUAGGGGCAUAGUUAUACAUUAAUAUAAAAUAUGUUACUCCAAAAUAAGGUUGGUAGAAAAUAUUUAUAACGCGUGAAUGAACAACCUUGGAUCUCGAUCACAGAAAUAAUCCAUUAAAAUAUAAUAAGUGGUGUAUUAAUAUGGCGAAUAAUGUGAGAAACCACCCAAAACUUUCAUGAUCAUAUAAAGGCAAGAGAUUGGCUUUUAUACGGUUGUGGUGACUUCUAAUACCUUUAUCUUUGUUGCCUUUCUUAUAAUGACCAAGUUUCAGGGAGUCAUGUGACACAUUACAUCAUGAAGUACCAGUUAUGACUGAUGACAUCAUAAGCUUCAUCACAAGAUAACAGCUCCCUGGUAGACUUAACAAUAGCACUCAAUAGUAAAAUCCAAGUCCACUGCAACUCCUUCAGUUACAUGAGUAGGAGAAACAAAAGCUUACCAGAAAGCAGUUCCAUCAUGAAGUGUUGCUUAUGAUGUCUCUGUAUAUUAGGAUAUACUUUACAGGAUAUUCAUGACUCUCGUCUGUUAUAAAGGCUUUAUUUUAUGCCAGACUAAAUUGCACCAUUAUUUUGCAAGAUUCUCAACUUGAGGUAACCCAUUGAAGCCGCUAACACUUAUUUUUAGCCCUUGAGUAAUGGCUGCUAAUGGCACAUGGUGAUUUUCUCCACAGGCCUAUAUACUCCGACGGAAUAG